AUGGUUUUUUUAAUGCUGAUAUUGGUACGGAAAAUUUUUAUUUCUAAUAGGCGCAUUCGACGGUUUGCCGAAUUUAAAGCACUGAAUUUUACGGAGAACGUAUUUUUGUUUCAACAUUUACGUGAUAAUGAUUUUCCGAGCGUUGAAAAAUUGAUUUUGGACAAAGCAGUAGUUAAUAAUGUUUAUGAUGAUGAUUUGGCUAACCAGUUCUACAACGGAGAGGAUCACACUAAUAAUUAUUAA